AUGCUCCGAAAUUCAAAUGCAGCCCUACAUAUUCGAGUAUCUGGACUUGAGGUUGAGUUAGCCAAGAAAGACCGAGAACUGACUGAGCUCAUCAAGAAACUGCAUGAAGGAAAACCUGCCGGUAGUGCAAACAUUCCCCCUCAAUUAGUUGUGCAGCAAAGAGGAGGACGCAUGUUCAUGAAUCCAGAACGGAAAGAAGCUCUUGCGACUGGUGGGGCAAAUGCUGGAGGAGAAGAUAAGCGAGCAGUUGUCUCUGUGGACGGAGCGGUUCGUCGGCAAUGGAGAAUGCCCAACGAGAAACCAGUGUGGACAGGUUGUUGGACCGCUGCCAACAAGGUAACCCUGGGCCUUGGAGAUGGACGGGUUCUUGAGUAUGCUGUGGAUUCGGAUUCUACGGAACCAUUGCGGGACUACACUCAAGGAGUUGGCCAUCUUCCCAUAAUUUUCACAGGAUUUGAUCCUGCUUCAUCAACCUUGCUCGUGGCUUCAUUCAAAAAACUCGUAGC